GGCAACGCCAUCACGUCAGUCGUUGAUGUUGUGUUGACAAAGCUUCUCUGACUGUAGGCCACCGUGACCUCAUGCGGGACACACAAGUGCAUCAUGGACUGGAAUCCCUCAGUUGGACAAGUCGGUCUGUUGGUCACCAGCUCAGCCCUGACUGCCAUCUUCUACACGGUGUACAGAGGUCGAGCAGCGACUGUAACCAGAUUGAAGCCAGGAAAGUUCCCAUUGACCAGGAUUUAAAAAAUAUCUUGUCUGAAACACCUGGAAGAUGUUUCCCUUACGCUGUUGUGGAGGGUGUUGUGAAGUCUGUGAAGGAAACUCUUAACAGCCAGUUUCUCGACAACUGCAAAGGUGUCAUUGAGAGACUGACUUUGAAGGAGGAAAAAAUGGUGUGGAACCGCACCACUCACCUUUGGAACAACACUCAGAAAGUCAUCCACCAGCGCACCAACACAGUUCCAUUUGCACUCAGCCCUCACGAUGACGACAUCACUGCCACAGUCCUCAUCAUGCGGCCACUUGAUGCCGCAGAGUUGAACCUGGAGACCACAUAUGAGAACUUUCACCCUGCAGUACAGUCCCUGUCCAGCGCUAUCGGCAACUUCAUAAGUGGCGAGCGACCUAAAGGCGUUCAUGAAAUGGAGGAGAUGCUGCGUGUGGGCGACAGCGUCACAGGCGUAGGCGAGUUGGUGCUGGACAACAACAUCAUUAAGCUUCAGCCUCCCAAGCAAGGCUUCUCUUACUUCCUCACUCGCCUGGACUAUGACGCCCUGCUGAGGAAGCAGGAGAGAGACGUCAGACUGUGGAGGAUUCUGACUGUGGUCUUUGGCAUUGCUGCCUGUUCCGCCUUUUUCUACAUCCUGUGGAAGCAGUAUGCGCACCACAGACAGAGGCGGCGUGUGAGGCGCAUGCUUGAAGAGUUCCAAGAGCAAGAGAAGAAACACAUGGAAGACCAGAAUUUGGAGGAAAGCAGUGUGCAGGCCAGCAGGUGCACAGUGUGCCUGUGUCAGAAGCGCUCCUGCGUCUUUCUAGAGUGUGGUCACGUGUGCACAUGCACGCGAUGCUAUGAAGCUCUGCCAGCGCCAAAGAAAUGUCCCAUCUGCAGGGCAGCUAUAACCAGGAUGGUGCUCAUCUACAACAUUUAAUGAUAAACACAGGCAACUUGCAUCACUGAUCUUACUAAGGAUAGCCAUUUGACCGCAUUUCUUCUGAGUAGAAAAUCAAUUAGCCCAAAUGUGGCUCAUCUUUAAGACUGCAAACCAGUUCAGACAGAACAGUGUCUCUGCUGGUUGCAGCCAAGUAACAACACUGUCCUCAUUGCUUUUAGACGUGGGAAAUUUUGGUGGAACUGCUACCUGUAAAAUUACAUUCCCACGACAAAGCUUUCCAUACCAAAAUGUUAUCGGAACGGUGCAAAGCGAAAACAGUGCAAAAAUGAUGUAUAGUGUCUCCAUCUUUUCUGUUCAUACCUUGUUUCAACGUACCAUAGGACAUGCAUUGUGUCUACAUUUAUAUAUAAGCCUGGCCAAUUGCUGGAAGCAUUCAAAUGUUUAGACCAGAUGACGUGCACGUGUAUGCGGCAAUGCAGUUUGUUAGUCCAUUGUUAACUACAGUGACUAUCAUAAGUAUUUGAUUUACCCUUUUGUUGCUUUCAUAAAUCAGUCAUGGUCAAUAAAAUUUAGCUUUUAAUAAAAAAAUAUUGGAAAAAAAACUCUUUAAUGUCAAAGUGAAAACAGAUUUCUAUAAAGUAAUGUUAAUGAAAGAAAAUUAUAUAAAUGAAAAUUGUUUGCAUAAUUAUUCACCCCCUUUUUAAUUUAAUGGUCUAAUUCAAUAGAGGUCCAUCAAAUUGUUGCCAAUAGUCUCACAAUUAGUGAAAUGAAGAUCACCUGAGUGGGUGGGUUUCAAGUGAUGGAGGUGUAGAACACCUGUGUCUGAAGGGUCCAGAGAGUGGUUGAUCAGUAUUCCUGGCUACCAUUACACCACGAAGACAGAUGAACACUCUAAGCAACUCAGGGAAAGGGUUUUUGAGAAGUACAAUUCAGGGGAUGGUUCCAAAAAAAUUUCCCAGGCACUGAACAUCCCUCGGAGUUCAGUGAAAUCAAUUGUCAAGAAAUGGAAGGAAUAUGGCACUUGUGUGAAUCUGCCUAGAUCAGGCAGCCCUCGUAAACUGAGUGACCGUGCAAGUAGACUAGUGAGAGAAGCCACCAAGACCCCUACAACUACUUUGAAGAAGUUACAAGCUUCAGCUGCUGAGAUGGGAGAGAGACUGUGCAUGUAGCAACUGCUGCCCGGGUUCUUCACCUGUCAAAGCUUUAUGGGAGAGUUGCAAUGAGAAGCCACUGUUGAAGAAAAGUCAUAUUAAAAGCACGUGGAAGACUCCAUGGUCAAGUGGAAGAAGAUUCUUUGGUCUGAUGAGACCAAAAUUGAGCUUUUUGGCCAUCAGACAAGACGUCAUGUGUGGCGGAAACCAAACACUGCACAUCAGCAAAAACGCACCAUCCCCACUGUGAAGCAUGGUGGUGGCAGCAUCGUGCUGUGGGGAUGUUUCUCAGCAACUGGACCUGGAAGGCUUGUAAAGAUAAGGGCAGAAUGAAUGCUGCAAAAUACACUGAAAUCCUGGGGGACAAUCUUUUUCAGUCUGCAAGAGAUUUAUUUUCCAGCAAGACAAUGAUCCAAAACAUACUGCAAAAGCUACACAGGAAUGGUUAAAGAACCAGGUAAAUGUUCUGGAGUGGCCGAGUCAAAGCCCAGACCUCAAACCCAGAGAGAAUUUGUGGCUGGAUUUGAAAAGGGCUGUUCAUGCCCGAUACCUGCGCAACCUGACAGAGCUUGAGCAGUUUUGCAAAGAAGGGAGCAAAAUUGCAGUGGGCAGAUGUGCACGACUGAGACUUAUCCACACAUACUCGCCGCUGUGAUUGCAGACAAAGGUGCAUCUGCUAAAUACUGACUUGAAGGGGGUGCAAUUUUCAUUUAUAUAAUUUUCUUUCAUUAACAUUACUUUACAUUACUUUAUAGAAAUCUGUUUUCACUUUGACAUUAAAGAGUUUUUUUCCAAUAUUUUUUGUUAAAGCUCAAAUGUAUUGACCAUAAUUGAUUUAUGAAAGCAAUGAAAGGGUAAACCAUCAAAGGGGGUGAAUACUUGCAAUAGGCACUGAAGCUUUCAAAUGUUUAGACCAGAUGACGUGCACAUGUAUGCGCCAAUGCACUCUGUUAGUCCACUGUUAACUACAAAGCUUUAACAUGCCACGCAUACAUCAAUCCGAUCUCAGUCCUGAUGAUUGGAAUCGGCAGCAUAAAAGUGAUCGCAACAAAUCUAACUUUAUUCAACCCAGCAGACUGCAAUUUUGGAAUAUUGUUUUGUCAGUUUUGUCCAGGUUUGUUGUGCAAACAAACCACAAGUGUAAACUGGCAAGCAGCUAGCAGCUAAAAAUUGUUUUAUUCAAAGUAUCUUGAAAAGAUAGGACAAAGUCAACAAGUUGACAAAAUAAUUUCAGAAAGUCACAUUAAAUAAUCUCAGAAGUAGGAGGUAAAAACAGCUGGGUGUAGUCACCGCUGAAGCACCUUUUACAAAACUGUACUUUACAAAACUGAAUACAUAAGCAGUGCCUGUCAGCAGCAUCGGUAUCUAGUCUGAUACAAUAAAGUCAAUGCUAGUAUGUUCAACUUUCCAUACGGAACUAGUCUUUGUUGUUCAUAUACACAUCUUUAUUGUAGCUUUUUGGUUUUUUAAGACAUUUGAACAUAACAUCUUGACAUGAGAUUCUUGGCUUAAUAAAGGUAGAUUUCAAAUAAAAACCCCGUCUCACUUGAACUCGUACUGGAUAACAGAGCACCUGGAAAAAUGGAGAGUUAGCAGUUAUCCAGUCACUGUAGAGCCCACCCCUCAACAAAAUUACAUUUACACCCAAGUUACACUUAAUGGUCAUGUCCACAAUUGUCAAAAGGCACAAAGAAAUGUUCAACCAGUCGACAUAUUGUAAAUAUAUGUAUAUAAACAAUUAGGGCUGUCAAACGAUUACAAAUUUUAAUCAAAAAUCAGUUUUGUAAUAAAUCGUAAGCGGCAUAGAAAAUGAAAAAAUGGACGGAUAACUUGUGUAAAUAAUGCCAAUUUUUACAGUAUUUUAUGAACAGGACAAUUAUAUAUUCUUGGCAUCCGUCAGCUCAAAAUGUAACUUAAGCUAAAAGAUACCACACACGUCUGAAAACCGUUUCUUUAAUAGCAUAUUUGAAUCACACUAGCUCAAGCUGAUGACACACGUUUCGAGUGUGUAUGUAUUUUCUGGGUAUUUCAGAACAUAUUUGCAUCAAAUUGUACUUCCGCAGUAAGAGAUGUUAUUGAGUAGUCUUAAUAUCCACACAUACACGCAUAAUAAAUACGUU